AUGCACUCUUCCUUCACCCCCCAUUUGAUAUCUCGCCCAGACGGGCACAUCCCUCACAACACAAACUCGCACCACCAGUAUGGCACUAGGAUUCGUCAGAACUCCAUCAUUAAGCCUUCAGCUCGCCUCCGACAGUCUCCCGACCCUCCUAGAAGGAUAAGGCCCGCUCCUUCCCACAAACUUAAGCCGACCGACCACACCCCAAACUCACCACUCACCACCCCUUCCAAUUUCCCCGUAUUUCCUCCCCCACAUGUCCUCCUUCACCCAGAAGAUGCCAACAGCAAAGUGUUCCUGGCCAUUGGCCGUGCUUUUCUCUCCGUCGACAAUCAUGCAAUGACCAUCAAAGAUCUAGCAGAAAUGACCCUCCACUUCGGUCUCAUAUGCCAAAACGUGUCUGCAGCGGGUCAAGCGAUAACCACUUACAUCCGAACACACAUGCAACGUUGCGAAAUUCAACAGGACCACCCUCUCCUCCUCAGACACGUGUUGUCCGGUACUAUCUCCGACGAUGAUCUCCUCCCCGCUCUCCAUUCACGCACCGGUGGCGCGCAUUGUCCUCUUAAUUCGGAAAAUAGAAUCACAAAUUUCAGACGAGGUACCAUGGUUUGGUAUCUCUCCAAAGCAACAGGUAUACCUUGCCCCUUCGCAAGAGCAGGCAUCAGACUAUCGGACUAUGGUGAAAAUGGCAAGGUGGGCAUGUUGAGUGGUCCGAAAGACAGAAAACGUGAACGGGACCGGCAAAGAAGAGCCGAACAAUGUGGUCAGAAACGUAAGCGACUACUUAGAGGAUGUUUCGACUACGAGUCAGAAACCGACUCUGGUGAAGACGAUCAGAGGCCACCCAAAGUCAAGCUUACGCUACGUCUCAAACCUCGUAAUUCGCCGAUGUCUUCCGAAACGCAAUCAGUAGACUCACGGGAGGUUAUCGACCUUUCAAAGGAUUCUUCCGAUUCCGAUUCUUCAGCGAGUGGUUCAGGGCAAAGCGCAUACUCCGACGAUGAGGCCGUGCAAGAUACUGCUCCCGCCCGCCCCCUGAAGCCUACCCAUGAUGUACCCUGGUCACUUCCUCCCUAUCCCCGGCGCUCGAUAUCUAUCCCGUCCUACACUCCAACCUGCGACGACUCGACUCCGCCACUCACCUCACCCUCUGUCUCACCCACCCAUCACCGGCGCUCUCCCUCUGUUCCACACAGUGUCGCUUCACUGCCACCUGACUCGGAAGACGAGGCCGAUGAUUAUCACAUUACGAUGACCGGUCUGCGGUCAAGACUUGUGCGAGAAGGAAGUGAACCGAACGAAGUUGACUGGGAUGUAGACUUUGACUCGGACGAAGAUGAUGACGAAGAUGGUGAUGCAGGCUCGCGAUGGGAUAGUCCUGGCCCACGAUCGCCAUCAGCACCAUAUCCCGAUGUUGUAGACACGUCAGCUGUGGUGAAACAGGAGUCAUUAGACGUGCGUGGCAUGUUGGAUGCAUGGGAGAAUCUUGAUAGCUCGAUAUGCGUGGGUUCGCGAGGCUGUGGGGCUCUGGACACAAAGAUAGCAGAUAUAGUUGCUCAAGCUGUGUCGGAAAUGGACAAGAGCCCGUUAGAAGAUGUCAAAGUCGAGGAUUUGGAGUUCUGGGAUUGGGAUAUGACUUUCAACCCCGGAUAUAUGAAUGCGAAAUGGCAUGAUACGUCUGUGGAUGAAAUCAUUCCUGAUAUCAAACAAGAAGACGAGGGUGAUCUCGAUUCGCCGUUUUCAGAACCUACUGCGAGCACAAUGUCGCCAACGGAUACAUGCGUGUCACCCUCUUCGUUUUCCCCGCUAUCACAAUACACGUCCUCUGGAUAUCCUACCUAUGCAGGUAUCGCAGAAUUCCGUCGGCAUAGCGAACUGACUUGGAAAGAUGUCGAGCUUCUUGGUCCUGACAGUGUCCAUCCUCAAGAAUUUGAUGAUGGCGUUUGGCAGGAUGGUGCAGAGAAGAAAGUUCGCGUGAAGAUAGAGACUUCGUCAAUACCAAGGCGAGAUGUUAGUACACCACCCAUUAGUGAGCCUCGGCAAGGGUCAAUUCCUGCGCGGACAAGAGAGCCUUCCCCUUCGACUGUGCAUUCAAGACUACCGUCUCUCUCCUCGGUUCCGUGUAAGUCCCCACCGUGUGAUGAUAAUAACAGGGUGUCGGAUGAAGUUGUAGUUGUGCACACAUGCGAACCUUGCACGCCUGCUGUGAGUGCAACACAAAUCGAAGGCAUAUCCGUGUACCAAAUGACUCUUGGGCUACUUCCAUUGGUGAGACGUAUCGACACCGACUUCGUUAAUCUCACUCCUAUCGUCGCUUUCCUAUCACAACAUAGCUCAUCUUCCGACUCGUCAUCACCUUCCUUGGUCAUCCCAAUGCUGCCGAACGCAGCAACUAUUACCCGCGGCUCGGCCGCCGUCAUCGGUACCUGGGUACCUCUCAGUGCUGCAAAGUCUUUCGCACAGCAGCAUAUAGAGCACCUCCCCAAAGGUUUAGCAGAGAUUUUUUUGUCUGAUGAAUUGGUAAUGCGGUUUCCUGUGGCAUUGAGAGACUUCCAUCGAGCGAGUGAGCGAGGGCGGAAGUUGCAGGUGUUUGGACCAGGUUUUGGAGGGUCUGUAGGAUCUGAAGUUGGCCAGGCUGGCAACGAGGGUGUUAAAGCGGCAACGUGUGUGCAACAGGGUGGAGAUGUCGAAGCAUAUACGAGGGAGAAGGGUGACAGUAAAUGUAUUGGGGCGGAUUGGGACUUGGGAACUGAUGGCAAUCCGAAUUUGGGCGCCCAUGAUCCUCUUCUGUCGAUACACACUUCCUUCUCGCUCGCCUUGGCUGCCUUAAGGCCCGCUUCCGACGAUACGAUUGUUCCAGAGACCCCGCUGAGUCCCACGGAGCAAGAAAUGUUCAGGACGUUGUGUGUAGAUCCUGAUUGGGAACGCGAGAAGGAGAACGAGUCGGCAAUGACGGUAGAGGAGACGGCGAAGAUUACGCCAUCUGCAGAGCCGAACGUUGUCAAUGUCAAGGAGGAUGUCCGCCCGACGAGUUCCUCUGGGUCUGAGCGUUUCCUUCGACGGUCGAAGAGGGUGGCGACUGCUGCUGUUGUCGCUUCUCGGCCUUGCACGCGGUCUCACAAGAAGGGUCUGCGACGCUCAUAA